CAAUAGUUGAAUUUGUAGAAUGUGCACUUCUUUCCAAGUGGAGGGGUGUCAAGUCAUAAGAGUAGUUUGUUGGAUAUUUUUAAUUUAAGCUUAAAAUAUCAAUAUUGCCUUCCAUCAAUUACUUGUGGUUUAUUUCUGCUAUAUUCAAUUUGAAUUUUUAUUAAUAUCAAGAAACUUCGAGGCAUUUCAUUGGAAAUCAAGAUAUGUUUCCUUCUGAUAGUCUGUUAUUUAGUAAUUAAUGCAAAUUUUUCUUGAUUUUUUAUAACCAUGCAUUCUUUAUGUCUCAAAUAUUAAGUAUUAAUUUCUUAACAUGAAUGAAAUGUUGUUUGACGAUCUUGAGGAGGGGGAAAUUGCUGAUGAUAUAGUUCCUGAACCUAUUGUACAAAAGAAACUUAAGCCUUUACCACGUCGUUAUGUAAUAAAUGACAAAAAACUCAGAUCUAGACAUAGGAAAAAGAACUGCAAACACACUACUGAGCACCAUAAAAGGAAAAGUAAUAAAUCUAAUUUUCAUUCUCAUGCAAAACAAUCUAUGAAACAUCAUAAAACAUGUCACAAACAUGAUUCCAUAAGGCAUUCUAACUGUCAUUUCAAUAGAGAAAAAAUAAUAGAAGUUAAUUCUGAUAAUGAAGUGUCACCCUAUAGUCACAAAAAAGUACCUGUAGUAAAAUGUGCAUUCAAAAAUUAUACAAGUCCCCCCAGAAAGGUCUUAAAUGAAGAUACUUCUAAAUCGUUAACUGCAAAACACAAAGUUGUAAAUAGUAAUUAUCCUAAGUUUUUAUCAGAGUACAAAAAAUUACCAAAUGGCCAGAAUAAACUAAAAAAUAUUAGUAAUUUUAAUGACCCCUGUAGUUCUGCAAAUGAAAAACAGUUUAACAAAAACUCGAGUGAGAAAAAUGAGAAUUUAAAGUCAAAGUUAAAAUGUGAAAAUCUUCCACCUGCUGUAGAAGUAAUUGAUAUUACUGAUGAUGAGGAUGAAGAAGAGUUGAGAAGACUGGCACUUGCCACUUGUUUAAAAAGAUCCGCAACGGUUCCGGAAAUUUCUUCAGAAGAUAGUUCGUCAAAAAAUAUCUGCUCCGAAUCCGAAUUACCUGCCGCUAUUGAUUCGGACAAUUAUGAAAUAGUUGACAUGGAUGUAGAUAAUGAAUCCGAAAAUUUUGAUAAAAUAGGGGAUCUCUUUACAAUUGAUACUACACCAACAUACUUCAGUGAGCUAAAUCAAGAUUCCAGCAUAAAUCAAGUAGAUAAAGUUGUGAAUGGUUUCCUUCAAAAUAUCACUGAAGAAACUUAUCAAAACUUUCAUAAUGAGGUAUUUAAUCAAAAGGUAAAUAAUGACUUGUACACAAACUUUGAAAUUGAUAAAUCCCGUUUACCUCCUAGUCAAUUGGACGAUGAAUUUGAAGAAGAACUCUUGCGAGCUGAAUUGAUUGCAAACAUGAAAUCUAUGCGUCAAAAUAGUGAAACUGUGCUAAAGAAGGAAAAUAUUUUAAGUAGCGAUGCACUCUUAGUUAAUGAUAAGUUUAAAAAUGUAAUUCCUAAAGAAACAAGGGUUGUGAAAUUAAAAUCAGAUAAUUGUAAUGAAAGAAUAGUUAAUAUUAAUAGGGACACAGAUGUAGAUGAAGGUCUGAAAGAUGAAAGGACUGUAAGCAUAUUAAAAGAUACUGACCUAAAAGAAACUCCUUUUGUAACAAAAUCUAGAACCGUUUCCUCUUACAAAAAACCUAAUUUGACAAGCAAUGUUAAUCCAUCUGUUAGAAAAGCUGAUAUUAAAGUAAAAUUGAAUAAUGUUCAAUCUGUUGCUAGUUCAGUUCCAAAUAUUAUUUCUUUACCUCAAGAGCGUAUUGUAAUUUCUCUUAAUAAUGAAACUUCCUCUGAUGAUUCUGAUCAGGAGGAGGAUUUUCAGGCUAAACAGCCUGAAAAAAAUCCUGCUGUUGCUAGCUUAGAAGCAUUGAUAAGUAAUGCAAGACUACAGUCCGAUGAAAAAAAGAAUCCUCCCAAUAUAAAUGGAACAUCCGAUGCUUUAUCGUGUUUGUCUAAAGCGCAACAGGAAGAGUACAAUUCAUUGAUUAAAAUUCUUGCUAAAAAUAAAGAUCCUUUCGUACAAAGCUCCCAAUUGGAGGUGAAGAAAGUCACUGAAGAUCCUAAUUUGAUUUUAUUAAAAAAGAAAAUCCAUAUAGCGAAAGACAAUUGUGAAAAAGAAAAAGUUCUUAUGAGCACUACUGAAAAGGAAGUAGAAAAAAGGAAACGUUCCUAUAUGCUCUCUAAAAUAAAAACGCAGCAUCUUAAAGAACAAUUAAUUGCAGCAGAAAAGGUUAGAAAGGCUAACUUGCAAAUAUGGACUAAAUGCUCGAGUGAGCUACAAACUCUUAAAAAGUCUGUCUCAAAACGCCAGGCAUUGAUUAAAUCUUUGCAGACUAAAAUAAGCGCAUAUUUUCCUGAAACAGUCUCAAAUGGACUUUCUCCUAUGUCUAGCAUUACAUCUGAGGAAUAUUUACUUAGAUGAUGUUUUUUUUUUAUCUUUCCCCCUCCCCUUUAUAUUGCCAUAUUUUAUUGAAUGAUCUGGUUUGAGAUAGAUUGUUCUGUGAUAAUUGUUUUUACUCAGUUUUUGAAAAUAUCUUGUGCCAAACUUUAAAUGGAUAAAGGUUUGCACUGCUCAAUGGUCUUGUUUAUCAUGUAAUUAAUUUCUUUUUUGUUACAUUUUCUUUUUUAUUAAAAUUGUUUUAAAAAAAGUAAAAAAGAUUGAAAAUCUUUUUCCUGAUAUUUAUAUAUUGUAUAUAUAUAAAUGCAAAAAAUAUAUAUAUACAGCAAUUGUAGUAUUACAGCUGCUGUAUAUUGUUUAGUGUGUAUAUUUUUUUGUAUUGAUUCAAUUUUAAAAUAAAUGUUUUGCAUAAUAA